AUGGGUUCUCUCCCCGCACCCCCGGCCCAAACCGAGUACCAGAUCUUGGAGAAGCCAAGCCGAAGCGGAAGAAAGCUUCGCAUCGUCUGCCUCGGCGGCGGCGCCAGCGCCCUCAACCUCGCCCACGAGAUCGACACCUGCAAGACUCUCGACCUGGACCUCGUCUGCUACGAAAAGAACCCUUCCAUCGGCGGCACCUGGUACGAGAACCGCUACCCGGGCUGCGGAUGCGAUAUUCCCUCUGUCAACUACCAGUUCUCGUGGGCGCCGUCGCCAGAGUGGACAAAAUUUUACUCGAGUGCCCCGGAAAUCCUACAGUAUUUCAAGGAUAUCGCGGAUAAAUAUGAUCUCAACAAGUACAUCCGCCUCAAUCACACCGUGACGGGUGCGUUCUGGAACGAGGGGAAGCAGAAGUGGGGCAUCCAGGUCCAAAAGGCAGACGGCACCACCAUCGAAGACUCGGCCGACAUCUUUGUCAACGCCAGCGGCGUGCUCAACAAGUGGAAAUGGCCCGCCAUCAAGGGCAGAGAAACUUUCAAGGGCAAGAUGAUGCACAGCGCCAACUGGGAUAACAGCAUCGAUCUCAAGGGCAAGAAGGUUGGCGUGAUUGGCUCUGGUUCUUCUGCAGUUCAGAUCGUUCCCAAUAUUCAGCCAAUCGUCGGCAGUCUGAGUUGCUUCAUUAGAAGUUCCUCUUGGGUAGUUGGUGGUUUCGGUCAGCGCUUUGCUGGAAAGAAAGGCAGCAACUUCGAGUACAGCGAAGAACAACACGAGAUUCUUCGAAAAGACCCCAAGAAGUACCUCGCCUACAGGAAAAAGAUUGAGUCCGAGUUGAACUCCCGCUUCCGCUUCAUUCUCAACGGCUCAAAGGAGCAGGCUGAUGCCAAAGCAUUCGCGGCCGAAGACAUGCGCAGCAAGCUCUCCAGCAGGCCGGAUCUCCAGGACCUCAUCAUCCCGAAAGACUUCGCCGUCGGCUGCCGGAGGCCAUCUCCUGGAAAUGGGUACCUCGAGGCGCUCUGCGAAGACAACGUGAACGUCAUCUCUUCAAGUAUCCAGGAAAUCACACCCAAUGGAAUGAAGACUGCAGAUGGAAAGGAGCACGAGUUCGACAUCAUCAUCUGCGCUACGGGCUUCGACGUUAGCUGGAGGCCGCACUACCCCACGAUAGGCCGCGACGGUGUCAGUCUCAGCGAGUACUGGUGUCAAGUUGGGAUGUUGACGCAGGGUGGAAGCUCUCAGAGGCCAACUGCAGUUAGGGGUAGAAUGAUGAAUUACUGA